AUUCCUGAUAAUUAAGACGGUUCUGUUACAAUAACUCAGUUGUUGUUGUUGGGGUGCGAUGACAAAUCAAUUGUCAUUUGUUAAGUGACUUUGUGAUAUUUAAAUUAAGAAAAUGAUAUACUUUUGGAUUUAUAUACUGCUAAAUGUAAACUUAUUGUUUGUGUGCGGUGUACCAAAAGAACAGUGUGAAGAAUGUGUACCUGUGGAAAAUUGUGCUUUUUAUGGGCAAUUGAACAAUAAGGAAAAAGAAGACUGGGUGGAGAGAUUUCAGUCUCAGUGUCAAGAUUCCCAGACAAAUAAAUCAAGCCCAAUGUUUGGAUUCUCGUCAAAAGCGAAAGGAGAUUUGGUAUGCUGUCCAAAUUUUAUUUGGGGGGCGGAAAACAAAAAACGACCAUCAAAUAAUUACCAAAUCAAUUUAAGUAAAAAUAACCACAACAGCCAUAAACCAUCAACUGAACCUAAUGUACAAAGAGUAAAAACUGAACGUUUACCUACAUAUGAAAACCAGAACCACAACGCAGACAUCAAGAAUAAUAAAAAUUUCGAUAUCGCUAACAUGUUCGGAGGUUUACCCGAUAAUAAUUUUAAUAACAUGUAUAAUCCAUACCAGCAGGGCCCCUGGUAUAAUAACCGAAAACCAAUGUCAAAUCCUAUACAACAAGGUUUCGUACAAAAUCAGAAUCCCUAUUUCCAAAGUGUGAAUAGGAAUAAUAAUAUGGAGGGUAAUCCUUUUGGGGCGGGUAAUUUAGGAGGUCAGUGUCCAGUAACGAGCUUACCCCCCGAUAGUCAAAGUGGAUGCUGUGGACGAGAGGCAACCGAUCCUGAUAGGAUUACUGCACAAUCACCAAAUUUUAGCCAAAAUCGCUGGAACUCUCGUUACAACAGGGCAUAUCCUCGAAUUAAUUCCCCUUUGAAGCUAUGGAAAUCUCCAAUGGAUAAUUAUAGAAAUUAUGGUCGAUACAAACGAUCUCCUGAUGAAGAAAAAGUGAAUGUCACCAUAGACAACCGCAUAGCAGGUGGUAAAGAAACAGAAUUAGAACAAUUCCCAUGGACAGUUUUAUUAAAAACCACAUUUGACUAUGUAAAAAAUACAGCAUCCUUCAGCUGUGGGGGUUCGCUUAUUAGUUCUCGUUACGUGUUAACAGCAGGACAUUGUGUUGUUGAUGAAGGUGCUAUUGUCAUAGAUGUCGAAGUAUACUUAUCUGAGUUUGAUAAGCGAACAUUUCCAAAAGAUUGCAAAAUAGUAUUUGGCAAAGGACAGAAGUGUGUGGAAAAUAUAGUGAUGCAUGCUGAAGACGUUAUCUCGCAUCCAAACUACGACGAAAAUAGGCUUUAUAAUGACAUAGCAUUGAUAAGACUUCGCGGUAACGCGCCUUAUACAGAUUAUAUCCGACCUAUUUGCUUACCACCUAUUAAUAUCGAUGACCCGGAUUUCUUCAAUUUACGACUGUCGGUCGCUGGCUGGGGUCGCAAUGGUAAAUAUAAAUCCGACAUCAAACAAUCGACUUUCGUGAAUCUAGUACCACAAAGGCAAUGUGUGAAAUAUUAUCCGCAUUUAUCGAAAAUGCAACUUUGUGCGGCGGGGCAUUCCGGUGAAGACACAUGCAAAGGAGAUUCUGGAGGUCCACUAAUGAUGGUUUACGAAGGAAAGUACUUUGUAGCUGGUGUGGUCAGCGGCAAGAGAGCCGACUCGCCGUGUGGUACAUCCGUACCAUCAUUAUAUACCAAUAUUUAUCAUUAUUUACAAUGGAUAGGUGAGCACAUAAAAAAUUAAAUUAUUAAAAUAUUUAAGUGUACAUAUGUUGUCUGAUACAUUAAUUUUAUUAAAUUAAUUUUUCCUGACAAUAUUAAAUGUUUACAACCUG